AUGGCCAUAGGUCAAGGUUUCGAAGACAGACAUGAGGUCCCCUGGGCAUUGCUUCACGGCGCCGCUGCAGCUGCCGACACCCGUCGAGCUGUUGAGUCGGCUGAGGGUGAAAAGUGGAACAUGUCCGAGCAUCGAAGAGCAUCGAGGAGCCUGCAAGGCAACUCCAAGAGUGAUGGCACGCAAACGUGGCGCUGUGCCCUGUUUGGCCUCCAAAUGGUUCCAGUCACGAAAGCUCCCCUGAGAGAGUGUCGUUCAAUACAAGGGCUUCUGGGGCGAAGUUUUGGGGUGUCGGGGGGUUGA